ACCAGCUGGUACUGCAAAUGAGAUUUUAGGCAGACAGAAUUCACUGCUUUUUCAAUCAGUAUAGCACCCUAGUCUCUAGAAAAUUGUUCAAUGUAUUAUUAUUAUUAUAACCUGUCAGCUCUUCAGACUUCUACUGCCGUGAAAGAAAAGUAGCAUGCACUUAAAGGCCUCUAACCUAAGUUGACUCUUUAAGCACACAAAUAAGCUUGGCUGAACAGCACUCAACAGCCUCCUUCAGUCUCCUCUGAUUCUGCUUAAUAAUUAAACAAUAGGCUUUUAUUAUGCCCUAUCUAGUAUAAAUUAUACUGUACUGUAACUGGAGAAGAGUCAAAUUCACAUGACAAGCACUCAUGAUUUCCCCACAAAUAUAGGGAUAGUUUCCUUCCUGUAAGUAAUGGGUUCAGAACAGGAAUGAAGCAGGCUGAUGUGAUGACCAUCCUCAUAUCUUGUAUGAUGCCUACCUAUUUACACAGCCAAGCCCCUUUCCCCAUUGGAAAGCUUCUCUUUGUUUGGAUUAGACGGUGGGCAAUAAAGCAGUCUUUCAGUUUCAUAAGCACAAAAAUUGCACAAGAAUUUUCCUGUCAAAAGUGAUGACUUAACCUCUGCACCACUUCUUCCACAUAUCUAUACAUAAAAAGAAGACUUGGACUAUGUACCUGGAAACUUAGUACAACAAAUAUGAAGCAAAGUUUGCUUUGUGACUACAACAAUAUGGAUAUAAUAAUAUAGAUACAAUAAUAUAGAUAUAAUAAUAUAAUAUAUAUAAUAUAAUAUAAUAUAAUAUAAUAUUUAUAGAUUUAUAUUAUAUUAUAUAUUAUAUAUAAUAUAAAUAUAAUAAUAUAAUAAGUGUCCACAAUAAUAUAGAACAGUUUAUUGUUUAGAAUUAUCUGGAUAUUUUUAUCUGGGAUUACACAGAUCUGGGUCUUUGAUAAUGCUUUUUUUUUUUUUCCCCAUGUGAUUCACUAUUAUUGAUAAGACACUAGAUCUCUUAUAAAAAAUCAAUUUUAAAUAGCUGAUAAUAUAAUAUGGCUCAAUUUACACUCACCCAAAUCUAUAACCUUUCAUAGAACCAUAUCAAGAAUUCAAUUCUGAAAUCCUUCUAUUUUAUCUUCCUGUCUUAAUGACAAGUUCCUGUCUUAAUGAUGAGAGGAUGAUUGUAUGGAAAAAAAAAAAAAAAAAAGGAAAAAAAUAAUAAAAAGAAGUCAGCUAGGGUAGUACUUACGGAUCAAAGCAACAGUAGCAUUCUCUUUCCAUAUACCUGUUUGCCACCUCAAUUCACCAAUAAGCAGUUGACAGACGAGAAGCUUCAAUCUGUAUUGACUUGAGCUGCCUAUAACUGACAAUCUAAAAAUAGAAGGUUCAGCAGUCUUUAUCAAAUCUCCUAUCAUCUACGGUAUCUUUAAAUUCCUAAAGUACUACAUCACUUCAACAUGAUUGAUUAAACUUUUUUUAUUAUUAUUAUUUUAAUAAAAAGAUCCCACUAAAAUAUGAAAAUCAGAAGUAACACCGUUCUCCCAAUUUGUCACAAUGUGUAAAAAAAUAAAACAACAUCUCUGUGUGCCUCCCCUCUUAGACACAGACUUCUUUAGAUAGUAAACUCAUAGACUUGCAAUUAACCAUUAUAUAACAUGAAUUUAGGAUGGUCCUAUGGAUCUUCAAAUAUUUUCUACACUCCCUCUAUGUUUGGCUUCUCUAGCACUAAUGCUAUUGUUAUUUUAGAGAUUACUUUUCAUCUACUUCUUCUGCGUAGAUACUAGUACACAACAGGCUGUACUGGGUGUAUGAGGCAAGGUUUUAGUAGCAGGUGUGCCACCUACAGAGGUGGCUUCUGUGGGAAGGUUCCAGAAACUGUCCCGGGUUAGAUAAGAACCAGUUACAUCCAGCUCCAAGAGGGACCUGUUGCUGGCAAAGCUGAGCCAGUCAGCAAUUCUAGUUGUGCCUCUGUGAGAUCAGAUUUAAGAAACGAAAAAUCUGCUGUGCAGCAGCAUAUGGGAGAGAGUGAAAAAAUGUAGAGAGGAACAACCCUACAGACUCCACGGUCAGUGCAGAAGGAGGGCAGGUGAUGCUUCAGGCUCCAGAGCAGAAGUUCCCCUGUGGCCUGUGGAAAGGCCCCUGGUGGAGCAGGCUGUCCCCCUGCAGCCCAUGGGUCCCACAUGGAGCAGAUCUCCAUGCUGCAGCCUGUGGAGGAGCCCCCAGUGGAGCAGGUGGACGUGGCCUGGAGGAGGCUGCGGCCCAUGGAGAGCCUCCAGUGGAGAGCAGGCGAAAGGACUGUAUCCUGUGGGACAGAUCCCAUACUGGAGCAGAGGAAGUGAGUGAGGAAGGGGGAGCAGCAGCGACAAGGCAUUAUGGACUGACCACAAUCCCCAUUCCCCUUUGCAUCUUGAGAAGAGGACAUAGAAGACAGUGGAUAUCGUGGAAGGUACUUCAGUUGCACAGGUAACAGCUACUGAUGGUGAUGAUCCUUCUUAUGGGAAUAGUGCCCGUCUGAUUUACAGUCUCAUUCAGGGUCAGCCUUAUUUCUCUGUGGAGCCAAAGACAGGGGUCAUCAGAAUGGCUUCCCAAAUGGAUAGAGAAACAAAAGAUCAGUAUUUGGUCAUCAUCCAAGCCAAAGAUAUGGUUGGACAAGCUGGGGCAUUUUCAGCAACAGCUACAGUAACCAUCAAUCUCUCUGACAUGAAUGACAAUCCACCUAAAUUUGAAGAGAGACUAUACUAUUUGAAUGUCUCUGAAGAUGCUCCUGUGGGCACUACUGUAGGCAAAAUCAUGGCAGAAGACAGCGACAUAGGGGAGAACGCAGCCAUGAACUAUUUAAUUGAAGGAGAUAGUUCAGAUGUUUUUGACAUCAUUACUGACAAUGAGACUCAAGAAGGAAUUAUCUUAUUAAAAAAGAGAGUGGAUUAUGAAAGCAAGAGGAGACACAGUGUUAGCGUUAAAGUUGUAAACAGAUACAUUGAUGACCGUUUUCUGAAAGAAGGACCAUUUGAAGACACAACUACUGUCAAAAUCAGUGUGCAAGAUGCUGAUGAACCUCCAGUUUUCAACUUGCAGAACUAUGUGAUGGAGAUAGCUGAAGGGGUUGCAAAUGGCUCAUUGGUAGGCGUUGUUUCUGCAAGAGAUCCAGACAAUGAUGACAGCCCAGUCAGGUAUUCUAUUGUCCAAGGCAUGCAUUUAAAGAGAUUGUUCAGCAUCAAUGAACAGAAUGGAACAAUCAUUACAACUGAACCUCUGGACCGAGAGAUUGCUUCUUGGCACAACAUAACUGUUACAGCCACAGAAACCAGAAAUCCUGAAAAAAUUUCAGAAGCAAAUGUAUAUAUCCAAGUUCUUGAUGUUAAUGAUCAUGCACCAGAAUUCGCUAAAUUUUAUGAAACAUUUGUUUGUGAAAAUGCAGUUUCUAACCAGCUAAUUCAGAGCAUCAGUGCAGUGGAUAAAGAUGAUUCAGAAGAAAGUCAUCAUUUUUACUUCUCAUUGGCUCAGGAAGGUACAAACAAUUCACGUUUUACCGUCAAAGAUAAUCAAGAUAACACAGCUGGAAUUUUCACAGCAAAAAGUGGUUUCAGUAGACAAGAACAGUUUUAUUUCUAUUUGCCAAUAUUAAUUCUGGAUAAUGGAUCCCCACCACUUACGAGCACAAAUACUCUCACUGUCACUGUCUGUGACUGUAACACUGAAGUGAACACCUUCUACUGUCGAUAUGGAGCUUUCAUGUAUUCCAUGGGUCUCAGUACAGAAGCUUUAGUUGCUGUUUUGGCUUGCAUACUAAUACUCCUGGUGUUUUUUUUGGCAAUUGUAGCCAUAAGACAGCAGAGGAAGAAGUCUCUCUUCUCAGAGAAGGUGGAAGAAUUUAGAGAGAACAUUGUCAGGUAUGAUGAUGAAGGAGGUGGUGAGGAGGACACAGAAGCUUUUGAUAUUUCAGCACUGAGGACCCGCACAGUUAUGAGAACAUGCAAACCUCGAAAGAACAUCACCACAGAAAUCCACAGCCUCUACAGACAGUCUCUGCAGGUUGGCCCUGACAGUGCCAUCUUCAGGCAAUUUAUUUCAGAAAAGCUUGAAGAAGCCAAUACAGAUCCUAGUGCUCCUCCAUACGACUCACUUCAGAGAUAUGUGUUUGAGGGGACUGGCUCUUUGGCAGGAUCUCUCAGCUCCUUAGGCUCAGACAUGUCAGAUGUGGAUCAGAAUUAUGACUACCUUUCAGACUGGGGACCUCACUUCAAACAGCUUGCAGGAAUGUAUGCUUCUCAUAGAAGUGCAAGGGAUUAGUUACUGUUUGCUUUUUUGUUUGUUUGUUUUUGGUUUUGUUCUCUCCUAAAUGCUCAGCAACCAAAACCAACUCAUUUUUUUUAAAAAAGAAAAAAAAAAGAUCAUCCCACAUUUAUGCACAAAAAUAAAGUCCCAAGUCUUGGAUGUGAAGAUCUUGUGAAAAAUCAUACAAAUUGUCUCAUGAAUUGAGGGAACAAGACGUCUCCAUUUGAAAAUUUAGUGUCUAUUUAGGUGCCUGAAUGCAAAUUGUGCUGCUUUGGAUAUCAAAGUCCCAUUCUGGGUACAGAAAAUCUGGGUUCUGCAAGUGCAGAAGGCCACAGAAGCCAAAUAGAAAUGAUAAAUAGAAUUUCAAAUAUUCUGCCAUUCAUAAGCUUUAUACAGUUACCAAAGUUAAGACAGACUUUUGCUGUGGCAGUUGAAUAUAUUCAUUAACCAAAGUUAAACAUAUAUAUUUGUAUAAUGCUUCAUAAUAUAAAUAGACUUAUGUGAAAAAGUAGACCCUAGAUAUUCUAAUACAAUUGUCAGAAGCAUUUAAAUGAAUCAUUUAUUUAUUGUUCAUAGGAUGAUAAAACUAAAACAAGUCUCUUUUCAUAUAAGUGUAAAAACAAAAUAAUGAUGUAUUGCAAUAAAACAAUGAUGUAUUGCAA